AUGUCAGCGCUGGAUGCCCUUCGAUGGCAGAACUUUGUGGACCCUUCCAAUGAGCUUGUGUCCACUGAGGGGAAACAAGGAGUGCCGAGGUAUGGUGGUGAGCCUUCUGUUCUCCUAGAAUACACGUAUCGUGUGCGGCUUCGUGAAGCUCGUGAACAAACCAUGGAUUCCUCGGAGUUAAAGAAACUUGGCCCACUAGGCUUGCGCCUGGUGGAUGGUUUGAGUGGCACUGCAUUGCAGAUCGUCAGAGGCAUUCCUGUAGAAGACCUUGCCAAGUCAGAUGGACCUUCCACCAUCAUCAAGCACCUUCAGAAGAUUUUGAAGCCGCGGCGACAGCAGGAGUGUCGGGAACUCUACAACGCCGGGGCCCGAUCUCAUGGAAUUCUAAGCCGUCAGUAUGGAGAACCAAUGGCUUCAUUCAUACUUCGACGUAAGACUUGGUACUCAAUGCUCUUGGACUUGGAUGAGAAGAUGAAGCUUCCUGAUGGGAUUUUGUCUGAGCAGAUACUGAUGACGGCAGGUGUGACUGAGGACCACAAACUUCUCAUUCGCACCGCAAUCCAAGGAGAUGUCACAGUUGACAAAGUUUGCAAUGAGCUGGUUGCACAACAUGCUCGGAUUCAUGAAGAUGAACUUCGACGUCGUGCAGAUCGGUUCAAAGGCUCUCCAGGAAAAGGACGAGGUCGCUUUUCCCCACGGCGUCCUACUUGGAAUGCAAACUAUGUUGAUGCAGAUGAUGAUCACAAUGAUGGAUCAGAGCAUGGGUCACAGUCUCUUGGUGGUUAUGAUGAUCUUGCGUCUUCUACUGCCUACAACACUGUUGAGGGCGAUGUUGAUGAAGAUGACGACGUUGUCUCCACUGUCUAUGAGGCGAUGAUGGCUGAUGGCUUUGAUGAUACGAAUGAAGAGGCCUUGGAAUAUGCCACGGACAUCUUGCAGAUCGAAGCUGAAGCUCAUUUGGCACAUCAACGUGCCAAAGGAAGUGGUCAUUAUGGCUUUGGUCGAGACAAGAAGAACUUCGGCUACAAGGGCUAUGGAAAGAUGUCUGAUGAAGAGAAGAAGGCCAAGAUUGCAGAGCUGAAACGCAAGAGCAGUUGUCGUGCCUGUGGUCAAAUUGGUCACUGGAGCACGGAUCCCGUCUGUCCGAAAGGCGGUGGAAAGAAAGGCAAGAAAGGUGGCAAGUCAGAUUUUCGCAGCUCUUCGGCUUCAACCAUGCAUGGCAAGGGCAAGGGAUGUCCUGGCCCUGUGAAGCAGCGCACGGUCUACUUCACGGUGAAUGAGUAUCACAAUGAGGAUGAAGACAUGCAUGGCACUAAGGUCGUUUCUGAAGAGAAUGCAGUUUUUGCAGACGAGAAGGUUUUUGAGUCGAAGGCCUACAUGUUCAAUGCAGUCCCUCCUCCGUCGUCCUUGCAGCAUGGUGAGAUUGUCAUGACUGCGGAAGAGAUGCUGGAUCAAGCUCUUCGCCAAGCCCAGCAAGGACAUCCCAGGCAAGUUCCACCGUUGCCUCUUGGAUCUGGUCAUGUUGUUGCCCACAGCAACAUUCCUGUGGAUAUCAGUGGUGAAGACGGAGAUCAAGAAUUUGAUGUUGUUAGCGAUUUGGGUUCUCAUUUGGGGGCACAUGCCAUCGUACCUUUGAGCUCUACUAUUACCACUGCGCAUCAUGGGAAUCCUGUGUCAUCCACGUCAAGUGUUGACCAAGACUUUCCUCAUGAUGUUCCACCAGGUGCAGCAGCAUGUCCGCAUCUGAAUGUGACACGCAGGGGUAGCAAUGCAUAUCUGAGACUUACGACAUGCAAAGACUGCGGCUUCGUCAUGGAACGAGUCAAGGUGUUGGAGCGCAAGAAGAUGAACACCCUGGAGCCAUUCAGAAUGUCCUCACAACUCAAAGGACUUUCGUGGCACUACGGGCACAACAUGGCGAUGGAGAUGUCGAGAUUGCGGGCAUCAAGAGACCCUGUUGAUCAAGUCAUGUCCAUGAUGCUCUUGACCAUUGACAUCUACCAGAACAUGGGCGCUCAGGUACCUCAACGUUCUGGCAUCAAGUUCCUCCACGGCAUUCAUGGUCAUGUUCGAGUGGCGGGCAAACGAAAGAUCCCCGUGUUCUUCAAGCUUUUGAAUGGCGACUUUGCCAAUGGUGUAAUCGACUCAAUUGAGAUCGCUGACGGUGAAGCUCCUUUGCUUUUGAGCACACGUGCACAACGAGCCCUGGGUCUGGUCUUGGACUUUAGUCGCAACAAGUUCUUCAGCCAUGUUUUUGAUGAUGACCUUGAGGUGGUGGAUCGAGAUGGACUUCCUGGAAUUCGAUCUCACCCAGGCGAUCACCACUCGAAGAACUUGGCUCUGAUGUCGCAACAUGGGCAAGCGAUGGGUUUCGAAACGAUGGACUUCGAUUACCCUGGUUCCGACUUAGAUUUGCUCGGACCAGGGGGCCCAGCGACUCAGGCAAAUGACCCAGAUGAUUCUGAGGACGAACCUUUGGAUUUGAGGGACGUUCCCAACAGUCGGCUCGAUUUGACUCAGUGCACUGUGAAGACCAUGACCAAGGGCACCAAGAAACAACUGAGCAACAACAUGGAAGACAUUGAGAAGGAGGAUCAUGCAAUGUGGUGUUCGCUUCGCAAUGACCAGAAACCCUACCACAAGAUCAAGAAGAUGUUGCCACGUGGAUGUAAAUCCUUUGUCCUUGAGAUCUUUGCAGGCAUGGCCACUUUGACUAUGAUGGCAGCUUCGUUGGGCCUGCCAGUUUCAGCACCAGUGGAUCUUGAAGUUGGAGGUGAAGCUCACAAUGUGCUGAAUGCCAAGCGCCGCAAAGAGAUCUCGGCAUAUGUGGAAUCAGAAGAUCCCUUCCUCCUCACGUUUUCUCCUGUUUGCACUUUUGGGAGUCCUUGGCAGAACAUCAACAUGCUUGAUCCACAACAAUAUGAACGAAUCAUGCAGUCGAGGAAGAUUUGGUAUCCCGUGAUCAAAUGGAUUUGUGAACUUGUGAUUUCUCGGUUGAAGGCAGGCCGAGAAGUUUUGUUUGAACAACCGUGGCCCUCCGGCAUGUGGAAUCUCAAGUGCCUCGAGGAUCUGAUUGCCAUGGGGAUUCAGAAUGACAUCACGGGUGAGCCUCUUGAACGAAUUCGACUGGAUCAAUGCAUGUAUGGUCUGGUUGAUCGAGAUAGCCUUCUACCACAUCAAAAGCCUACUGGUCUUCUUCUUUCUUCAUAUCACAUGAAGCAGCGCCUUGGUGAUCUUUGCGAUCACAACCAUGAACAUCAAAGACUUGAGGCUGGUCAAAAAACGAAGAGAGCACAAGUGCUCAUUGGCGCCUAUGAAGAGAUGCUUUCCAAUGUGGUUCAGACAGCUUUUGCUCCUGAGCAUGAUGCAGAAGUUCGAGAAGAAACUGGACCUUUUGAUGGCGUCUAUGAUGAGAAUGACUUUGCAGAGCCCAUGCUGAAGAGAAGGCGCAUUGAUUUCAAUGAACUGACCAGAGAAGAAGAUCUUGAAGAACUUCCUACUCUGGGAGAAGACUUGGCUAUGGAAGAAGAGAGAGACCGCAAGGCAAAGUGGUUGAAGCUGCCGAAAGAGAAGCGUGUAGCACUGCGUCGUCUUCACCACAUGACUGGACAUUGCAGUGUUGCUUCUAUGGUUCGUAUGUUGAAAGCCUCUGCCGCAGACAAAGAUGUUCUUGAAGCUGUGAAGCAUUUCUCUUGUCAAGUUUGCAAAGAGACAACCAAAGAAGACAAACCAGCCAUUUCGAGACCUCCAAAGCCUAGCUUCCAGCAGACUUUCAACUAUGAGCUGGCAGCAGAUGUCUUUGAGAUCAAGGACUCGGAAGGACACCGACAUGGAGUUCUUUCAUUGGCCGAUAUGGCAACUCAUUUUCAUGUUGCGGUGCGGGUUUGUGGGGGUGGAACUCCGUCCUCCAAAUCGUGCGCUGAUGCUUUGAAUUUGGCUUGGUUUUCAUGGGCUGGAGCGCCACAGUUCUUUGUCUGCGAUCAAGGAGUUCACAACAAAGGCAAGGUGUCUGCGUUUCUUAGAGCGCAUGGAGUGGAAAUUCGACAAGCAGGAGCAAGAGCCCCUUUUCAGAUUGGCACUGCGGAACGUCAAGGUGGUCUUUUGAAAGAAAUCCUUCGAAAAGCAGUUCAUGACCACCAGAUCCAUGGAGCAGAUGCCAUUGCAGCCCUUAUCACGGAAUGUGCGAAGGUCAAGAACCAUCUUCUCAAUGUUGGUGGAUACUCUCCUUCACAAUGGGUCAUGGGCUUUCAGCCUGCUGACAACACCAGCUUGAUGGAUGGCGAUUUGAUGAGAACAUUGGCGUUCACCAGAACUUGA